GCCAUUUUAUAUUUAAUUAUGAUGUUAUUUUUACUGUUUUAAUAACAACUAAUAAAAAACUGAUUCUUCAAAUUCCUGUUCAGCCUUUGACCUUUAAAUUUCAAGAUGGCGACGUUCAUGAUUUUAAUGGACCGAAUGUACGAUAGUAUUGACAGUGUUUUAUCCCGUGCUGAUGUACCAGAAACAUUCAAGAAUGAAUUGAGAGGAUAUGAAAAACUAAGAAGAAAGGAGAAUCUCGAAGAGGAACUGGUUAUACCCUUUUCAACAUUAAGAAAUCUUCAAAAGUAUUUAGUAAAUAAAGAUGGGAAACCGACCCUUUAUCUCCAUGAGUUGUUGGAGGGGAGUGAGGUAUUUUUCCCACCCUUACCUAAACCUAAAAGAAAUCCAGAGUUACUUGCUAGGCUGGAGAGACUGAAAGCAGAGCAAGAAAAUAAAGAAUAUAAAGAGAUGACAAGAUCCGUCAACGCUGAUAUAUUUGGGAAAAGUCCUUUGGCUCAAGUGGGACAAGAAGUGCGUAGCGUCCAGGUGCAGUUGAUGGGAAUACUCAAUAUUUUACUAACUGUCGUUGGAGCAUUUGUCUUUGGCUUCAUGGCGAUGUACUACUCAGGACAAUCAGUCAAUGCAAGAGUAUUAUGUGGCUUUUCUCUUGCAAUGAUUGUAGCUGUUGCCGACUUGUACUUCUUCAUCAAAACUGAGAUUUGACAUGUUUCUACAAACUAAAUAUUAAAGGCAGUGGACACUUUUGGUAAUUACUCAAAAUAAUUAUUAGCAUAAAACUUAACUUGGUAAAAAGCA